AGCCUGCCCCCACCGACUGAAUGGAUGCGUCUUCAUCGAACAAAUAAUUCAAGAAGAUGUACAAUUCUUUUGAUUUUGGCACUCAAAAUAUUCGAUUUCGUCGAUACAUUGGCUUGUUAUUCGUGUAUUGCUUUGAAUUACAGACAAAACGUGCUCUCCCGCAACGACGCUUUGUCUCCUCCGCAGAAUCGCGAGAAUCUCACUGCGUUGUUUGAUGUCUUGUCUAAGAACAACAUUAGCCACGUGGAAGUGUCCUCGAGUUGUGCUGACGUCACUUUAACAACCCAACCGUCUUUUCUGAAUACUCCGAUUGCAAUAUGUGAUAUGAAUGAUAAAUGCGUUAAAAUGGACUUUUAUUAUUCUGGAGAGAAGGUAGUGCUUCGCAAUUGUCUUUCAAAUCUCAUGGAAACUGUAAACUCACCAAAGCUCAAGAAAUAUUGUCCAAUGUAUUCGGAUGAUCGAUCGGAAAUAAAAGUCGGUCCAAUGUCAAAUGUCAGUGUGUGUUCCUGCCAAAGUGACCUGUGUAAUUCAUCGGAGAAAUCAUCGGUGAUGAUCUACUUUUCAAUCGCAUUCAUAUUAGUUUUGUAGGAUUCUUUCUACCAAAACUUUUCGGGUUAAUAAAUACUUUCUCACGUGAAAUCAUAAACUCUUUAAAAAAUUA